UUCUUGGUCUUGUAUUUGCAGAUCUACCCGGCCUGUGGACGAAAACAAUGGCACUAAUCUCCCUCGAGGAUCUCGACGGAUUGGAGGACGAGGAACUGGACAAUGACAUCACUGACAACCCUGAUCCAAUGGAGGACGACGAGCAGCAGAGGCUGUACACCCAUUGGCAGGCGAUCGCCAGCACACACCAGGUGUCCGUCCCCCGAGAAAUGACAGGACCAAUUCAAGAGAUGACGCGACGGAACCAAACCCAAGAAAGAGAGCAGGUCCCCUUUGCCUCCAUCUCUCAGCAUGAAAAGCUGGGCGAGGUGCUGUUUGAGGAGAGGGUGUACCCUGCAGGGAAGUGGGCGUGCAUCACUAAAGGGGAGAAGCUGUACGAGCAGAGCAUCUCCUUGGGCUUCAUGAAACUCAUGAAAUUCAUCUGCAAGGAGAACUCUGUCGGACGCUAUUUGGGAAUGACUGUACCCAUUGUGAACAGUAUCCAAAUGCUGGAGGACGGCAAUGGCUUUCAGAAGGACAUCUUGACCGCAUACUACCUGCCUGCUGAGUUCCAGGCGAACCCGCCCCAGCCAACUGACCUAGAAAUCACCAUACUCCAAAGGGAGGAUUUACGAGUCAUCACCCGGACGUUCUUCGGCACCACCACGGAGGAGACAAUCAUGCCUCAGAUUAACCUGUUGUGGCAGAUGCUGGGCCCCAGCGAGGAGAUGCAUCGCAACUCCUACAUGGUGGCUGUCUAUGACAACCCUGGGGUGUCCUGUCGCAGGAACGAGAUCUGGUUAAUUCGACGAGACCCCUAAAUCUCUUAUAACAUCCACCUGUCCCCUCCUGUAUCAUCCCGACACCCCCCUAUCCCACAAAUAUGGUGUUUAAAAUACAAGUAUAUUGUAUCUCUGUGAAAAACUGUCUGGGCAUUACAUUAGUCUUAUAUUUCCAUCACGUUUUAUCUUUAUUUUAUUUUUCUUGUUUUUUAUGUAA